CGCUCUGCAUAUAAAUCAAUGCUUUUGAGUUUGAAAAAAAAUGGAAUUUCAUUCAAUUUGAUCCCUCUCUCUCUAACCCACGCAGGGAUUAGGUAUCCCUAUACACGAAAUGCCCUUGUUUUUGUAGUAUAUUAACAUUAGAAGUAAAGAAAAUGGCGGCAAAUGCAGUUCUUUAUGGUUUUGCUAUAGAGCGCCGAAGGUACACUUCUGAAACAGCUUUCUGUUAGAACUCACAAAGAAAAAUCAAGAAUAUAGGAAACAGAGGGAUGAUUUUUUAAAAUAUCUCUCUCUACAUUUGAAUUCUUGAUCCUGAUAAAGCCUAGAAACUGUUAAAUGGAGUUCUCAGUGUCACUUGAUAUCCGGUGAAUAGCACUUUUGGUUUGUUCAAUUCAAGAUUUCUUAAGGGUUUCAUUUCUUGGGAAAAAAAAAAAAAUCCUAUCGUAGUUGAAGAAAAUUGUUUUAAAGAUACUGGUAUGGAUGGAGAAUUGAUUUGAGUGUUCUGAUUGAUAUAGUGAAUUUUGAUUAUUGGUAUUCGUAAACAUCGUGGUCUAUUGUGUCUUCAGUUCUAGAUCUCUGAAGGGUUUCUAUAAUAUUGUUGAAGUUGAAGAAAAUCGACAGCUAUGGAAAAUUUCUUGAAUGGCAUGAAUUGUAUGUGGAUUUCCACGCUCUGUGUUUGUGUUCUGUUGAAUGUUUAUGAGUAAGAUCAAGAAAGGUUACAGUUUUAUUGGUGAAUUAGGGUUUUUAGCAAGAGUGAGAGUUGAAGGGAGGAUGGGAAAUGAUGACAGGAUGUUGCUGCCAACGGUGGGUCCCCCAAUAAAACGACGGUUGAGAAGGAAACAGGCUGGAAGAGGAUCUUACAGAGGGAGCUAGGGGUUGGAGUUAUACGAAAAAGAGGGGGGGUGAACCUAGGUUUUUCGGGUUUCAUUACAUUUAGGAUUGUUUUUUUGGGGAUUAGGAUCUUAACUCACUGGGAGAAGGGAUAAUGGGAAGCCAUUUGGGCCAAGUGUUGAGGAGCCUUUGUUUCAACACUGGUUGGAAGUAUGCAGUUUUCUGGAAGCUCAAGCAUCGAUCACGAAUGAUGUUAACAUGCGAGGAUGCCUAUUACGACAACAACCAAUACUCAGAAAGGAAGUGGUUCAAUGAGAUAGUGAGCAGCAUGCAUGAUGGUCCAUUUUCACAUGAUCCUCUCGGAUUAGCAGUGGCUAAGAUGUCAUAUCCAGCAUAUUCUCUAGGGGAAGGCAUUGUAGGACAGGUUGCUGUUUCUGGGAAGCAUUCGUGGAUAUUUUUGGACAAGCAUGUAGCUGAUUCUCCCUCCAUGUCUGAGUGCUUUGAUGGUUGGCAAGAUCAGUUUUCAGCUGGGAUUAAGACCAUUGCAGUGGUAGCUGUCAUUCCAUAUGGAGUUAUACAACUUGGUUCCUUACAUAAGAUUGCAGAGGAUUUGAAGCUGGUCAGCCAUAUCAGAUGUGUCUUUUCUACGCUUCAUGAUUCUUUAGCUGGUUUUGUUCCCCAAUCAAGACAAAGUAGCAUGGAGAAUUCUUGUCCGUCAGAUAUCUGCACAAGAACUUCAGGUUCAACAGGUUUUCAUGGUAGCAGCAUGACCAUUAUGGAUAGAUGUCUUCGUGAGGACGAGAUGAACUUGUGGUCUCAGAUAUUUCCAUCUCUUGGGAAACCUCGUAAUCAUUCUUAUUUUUUCCCUCCACCUAGAAGUUUUUCCAAUAGGUCAGUUAAAUUGAAUAUGCUUGAAGAAGAUAAGUACUCAAUUCCUGGGUUUGGUGAAAGCGAGAAUUCAUUUCCAUUAGGUUCUGAAAAUUUGAUUAAUAGCGAAAAACAAGUAGAGACGGAAUCUUUUACUGAGACAAAGUGUGAAGGUGGAACUACUGACUGGCGGGAUUCAAAAAAUAUCAGCGCACCAUUUGUCAAAGAUACCAACAAUGCAGGGUGUAAUUUGUAUAAUACCACUCUCCCUACCAAUAAUUCUGAUAUUGAUAUGCCAUACUUUCCCUCAGAAAGCCUUGACCCUGCAGCUUGUAAGGAUCAAGCUGGGGUCUUUUGCGCACCAGAACUUUCAAAUAUGCAGUUAAAUCAAGAUUUAGAGAAACACUUAGAAUCAAUAACUAAGUCUAAUCAACUGGAUUCACGGAGUACACCUAUGAGUUUUGCUGCUGACUAUGAGCUGUAUGAAGCACUGGGACCCGCUUUCUGGAAACAGAAUACUCAUUGUGAUAAGGAGGCUGAACAAACCGGGUCAGAAAUGGCUAUUGAGAUUUCCGAGGGAAUGGACAGUAGCAAUUUGUUGAUAGCAAACUACGAUUCCGAGCACCUUCUGGAUGCAGUGGUGGGUAAAAUUAGUCAUGAUGGAGAUGAUAUUCAUAGCGAGAAAUCCAUGUUGACUGCUGAAAAAACAUUGGAGACUUGCAAAAGUGAUGUGGGCUCUAUUAGUUCGGCAGGUUAUUCGUUUGAUCGAGACUCAAUGAACAGCUUCAAUUCCUCAGCCACAUGCGGUGUUCAGUCUAGUAAAGGCUUUUCAUCAACCAGUUCUAGUAGAGGGAGCGAAUAUUCAGAGAGGACAAGAGAACAGGUUAAGAUAACCAAAAAGAGGGCCAGACCUGGUGAAAGCUGCAGGCCUAGGCCAAGGGACAGACAAUUGAUCCAAGAUCGAAUCAAGGAACUGCGAGAGCUUGUUCCCAAUGGAUCAAAGUGCAGUAUUGAUUCACUUCUGGAGAGAACAAUUAAGCACAUGCUUUUUAUGCAAAGCAUUACAACGCAUGCUGAAAAGCUAAAGAGGUGCUCGGCAUCAAAGUUGCUUGACAAGGACAUGGGUAUAGGAUCUUCCUGUAAUGAGCAAGGUUCAAGCUGGGCUGUGGAAGUGGGAAAUAACCCGAAGGCUUGCCCAAUAGUUGUAGAAAAUAUAAAUAUGAACGGCCAAAUGCUGGUGAAGAUGAUAUGUGAAGAACAGAGUCAUUUUCUUGAGGUAGCAGAAACCAUCAGGAGUUUGGGUCUGAUAAUUUUGAAAGGCGCAACAGAAGCCCACGGAAAUAAGAUGUGGAUGUGCUUUGUGGUCGAGGGACAGAACAAUCGAAGCAUGCAUCGGAUGGAUGUAUUGUGGUCACUAAUGCAGCUUUUGCAACCCGAGAUUACUAACUAGCCUUUACCAGUUUUCUGAAGUACAGAGAAUUUCUUCCAUGUGUGGCUGAAACAAAAAUAGUCAAUAAUUUAUGUAUCUGGAUUCUGUCGUUGAGGUUUCUUGUGAAGUUUGAAGUUUUUGCUCUCUGCCCGUUUGACCGUCUAAGGCAAUAGGUUCGGUUCAGAUCGAUUUGAUUUGUUUUGUUCUCUUCUCCUUUUUUUGUGCAUGACUGUGAGUUUGUGUGUUUGUGUGUGUGGGAAGUUGGAAGUAUUGAUCUUCUAUUGCUGUUUGUUUGUACUUAUGAAACAUAGUAUUUUUUUUUCUCAUAAUUAGUAAUAUUAUUUGUAAUGGUAUAUUACAUACCAUUUUCUAUGGUUA